UCCCACACACACCCGGCGGUAGAGGACCUUCCUCCGGGCUCCGGUGCUGCUUCUCCCCGGCCUGUGUGAGUCCCUCGUCUCGCCUGGAGACCGAGCCUCCCCGGCUGUGGAGCGAUGGACACGUCCCGUUAGAAGUUGGAAAGUCUCCCCGCCUCGGAGGCCAUGGGCUGCGGCUUGAGGAAGCUGGAGGACCCGGAGGACAGCACUCCAGGGAAGAUCUACUCCACCCUGAAGAGAGCUCAGGUGGAGACGAAGACAGACACCGUGCUGGAGUAUGUCCUGCUGGACUUCAGCCUGGAAGGCAGCCGCCCGACGGUGCAGUACGUGGGCUCCCUGUCCGAGCUGCCUCAGGCGCUGCAGCCGUACUACACGCAGGGCUACGUCCUGACCGCCCUGCACCCCAUCAUCCUGUCGGUGGGCCGCACGCGCUCCAUGCCCUUCAGCCUGCUGUACCGAGCCAUCCUGGCCCGGCCCAGACCAAGCAGGCAGACGGCCUCCAUGUGCCACAGUGUCCCGGUGCUGCGGGUGGAGGAGUGGCCUCUACCCGGCGACUCGCUGACGGGCGACACGGUCCGAGCGCUCAUCGACCGGGUGAACAGCAGCGCUCGAGGGGGCGUUCGAUUCGUGGGCUCGGUCCUCCAGCAGGUGAGCGGGGUCUCGAACGGCCGGGUGCACAGUCCGAAGAGGGGGUGUCGCUCUCCUCCACGCUCCCCCCCCCGGACCCCUCCAGGAGACGCAGAGCCGGAGGAGAACACCUACAGUCCUGACCUGAGGUUGCUGGUCUUCUUCCACUCCUGGGCUCCAGGCUGUGCUCCUCUGGACUCGCUGGCCUGUCAGUACCACCAGGGGGCGCUCUCCAUGCGUGUCUCCAGGAAGGGUCAGGUGGUCAGCGCCCUGGAGGCCGACUGGCUGGAGCUGACCACCGCCUACUACCGGAAGGGCUGGUCGCUGGUGGACUCCUUCGUGUACUGGGACACGCCCAGAGGUGAGCCGGUGCCCAGAUCCCUGGAGGGUUUGUUUGUUUACGAGGAGAGAAGCACGUCUCCUCCCGCCAACGACACCAUCGUGGUGGAGCAGUGGACCGUCAUCGAGGGCUCCAGCGUGAAGACGGACUACGGGCCCCUCCUUCACACGCUGGCCGAGUUCGGCUGGCUGCUCACGUGCGUCCUGCCGACGCCCAUCAUCCGACACGACAGUGACGGGAACUUGGCCACGAAGCAGGUGGUGUUUCUGCAGAGGCCGGUCCGAGGUCAGGCCGCCGGGCAGCAGAGGAACCAGACUCUGUCAGUGCACAGCGACGUGUCCAGUCGCUCGGUGAGCCGCUCGGUCAGCAGCGCCACCGCCCCCCCCGAGGAGCUCUCUCCCGCCGCGGGGGGCAUCGGCGGCUUCCCCGUGUUCGGGGGGGGCUAUCCCAGCGCCCUGUCCCGCCUGGAGGAGAACGGCUUCGAGCAGGAAGAAGGGAAAGCUGAGGUCACGUGUAUGUGAGCGGGAAAACAGACAGAUUGAACUUUUCCUCCAGGAUUCAAACAGCGUUGGAUCAACAGAGAAAAGACUUGAAGUCUCCAGACUCUUCAUCGGCCGUUGUGUUGCUUUUAAAACUGCACUUUUUAAAAUGUUUUUAUUGAAGCCAUAAUGAGGUUUUAUUUAGAGACGGAUCUGAGUCCGAACCUUUACAUAGAAACCACACAAACACACACAGACACACACACAGACCUAUGAAGCACAAACUGAUUUUUGCACGUUAUGGAAUCAACACCGGUGAUAAACAAGGGGAUUCACCUUUUUUUGACCAAUAUCACUUUUCCUACUCUUUGGUUUUUCUUUUUCACACAUUUUUCUCUCAAUUGAACAGAGAAAGUUCUCUCAACUCCCUCAAGACUUUUAUUGGUGCGUUGAGAUGUUUUAAAACCUUCAUAUCUCACCUCAGGUCAGAGGUCACCUCAGACUCGGCUCUUCUCUCCAGAAUAUUUGGUACUGACAGAGGAUGUUUGAAAUCCUCAUGUUCAAUCUGACCGGGGCCAUGUUUGAAUCAUUCUGGAAAUGGUUUGUGUCCAAUCAUGCAUUAUCACAGUAUUAUUUAAUAUUUGUUCGGUUGCUGUUGGUGUUACACGUUUAUUUUUUCUUCUGUUUAAUCUGCUGCUUCCUGCUUUAGAGCGUAGAUGGUACUGACGUGUCCUGUUCAGAAAACAUUUGGUAUUUUCCUUUUAGUGUCGGACCAAUCCAUGAAAAUACUAAAUCUACUUUGAGUUGAUCUGAAUGAUGUAUUGUUUCUGCUUUAUCACCACAACACACACUGUUGUUUAGUUUGAUUCAGUCUCACACACACACACACACACUAUAUGUAUAUUGGUUGAAGGCAUUUGCUGAAAACCAGUGUCCAGCUGUUAAAUGAAAUGAUUUGACCCUUUUGAAAAACUAGAUUUAAAACAUUUUUAAAGGUUAAUAUCUUCAGCAGAAACCUGUGGACAGGAUAGAAAGUAUUAACUCAACUUACUGUUGGUUUUGUUAAUUUCUUAGGAUUUGUUGACAAUGUAAAAUAUAGUCGUAGAUACAUUUCCUGUUAUUUCUUAACCAACAUUAAUUUCAGCCUUUAUUCAGACGACAGCAGUCGAGCUUCAACUUGAACAACUUUACCUGCAAUAAGUAUUAAGUGUUUUUCUUUUCAGGAAAAUAUGAAACCAUCCAUUAUUGACAAUAUGUCCGGAGAGCAAAUGUUAGAUCUUGUCAUUUAAUGUUAUCAAAAGGAACAAUGUUGUAAAUAUCUAAAGACAUUUUCACUCACAACUGCAAAUUUGGGUUUGAACUAAUUGUGAUGCAAGUUACUUUAUUUUUGAGAGGAAGUUGCAGCUAAUGAUUCAUCAUUGAAUUCUUCAGAUGUUUCAUACGAUGAGAUUCAAUCAUUGUUAAUCAUGUGACCAGAAAACAUUGAUUACUCCUAUUUGAAAACAUUUUUUUAAAGAUUUUAUAAUCCGAAUAAUUUGAUUUUCUGUCCAGUUAAAGUAUAUUUGAGAUUUUCCAGUGAGUGACGGGUUCCAAGUGGUUAUGUGACCAUGGUUAUAUGUAUAUGAUGUAUUCAUCAUCAGGUUUAAUAAAUGUCAGUAUUAAUGUUGA